CUCUUUUUUCUUUUCAUUUUCUGAACAAAUUAAACGGAUCAAAAACGAAAAAUGAAGUUCUCUUGUGGGUUCAUUCUCUUGAUCAUAGGCAUUAUCUCGAUAGGAUUGAUCCAAACCUCCUUAGCUUCUGUGGUUUCAUCUGGCGAUUUCAACAAAGAUUUCUUCGUGACAUGGUCUCCUAGCCACGUGAAUACUUCUUCCGAUGGCCGAGGAAGAACCCUAAAACUCGAUCAAGAAUCAGGCUCGGGUUUUGCUUCAAACGACAUGUAUUUGUUUGGUCAAUUCGACAUGCAGAUAAAAUUGAUCCCGGGAAACUCCGCGGGAACUGUUGUAGCCUUCUAUCUUAGUUCUAAUCAACCAAACCGGGAUGAGCUAGACUUUGAAUUCCUUGGAAAUGAGGAAGGGAAGCCAUACAUACUUCAAACGAAUGUAUAUGCUGAUGGCUUUGAUGAUAGAGAGCAAAGGAUUAAGCUGUGGUUUGAUCCAACAAAAGACUUCCACACUUAUUCCAUUUUGUGGAAUAUUCACCAAAUUGUAUUCAUGGUGGAUUGGGUUCCCAUCCGGACAUAUAGAAAUCACGCAGACAAAGGAGUGGCAUACCCAGCAUGGCAACCAAUGGCCGUGCAAGUAAGUUUAUGGGAUGGUAGUAGCUGGGCCACAAAUGGAGGAAAGACCAAGAUUGACUGGUCCAAAGGCCCAUUCACAGCCUCAUUCCAGAACCACAAGAUUGAUGCUUGCAUUUGGAAAGGGGAGGCAAGAAUUUGUAGGGCUGAUAGCUCAACUAAUUGGUGGAACAAUAACUACUCCAGCUCUUUGACUUGGGCUCAAAGAAGGUUAUUUAGAUGGGUUAGGAAGUACCAUCUCGUCUAUGAUUAUUGUCAAGAUGGUCCCAGAUUUCAGAAUAAUUUACCCAAAGAAUGCUAUCUUCCCAUAUAUUGAUAUAACCCCCAAGUAAUAAACGAAAAUAUUUUUCUGUUACAUAUUUGGAGAUGUUAUGAAUAGUGUGAAUGACAAAAUUUUACUUGAAAUAUGAGCAUACAUCAAAUAAGGGAAACUAUCCAUGUAUAGUAUUUUGAUUUGAUAACUACUACUUAUUAAAUUGCCACUAGAUGAUGGCGAGGUAUACAUAGUAGUAAAAUUUGCG